UAUUCCAUAGCUAAAUAACAAAACACAUAGAACAAAAAUCAUAUUUUGUGGUUGUGGGUAGUGAGAAGGUGGUAUGGCGUAUCUGAGAUUGUCACACGCACAGACACAGCUCACACUAGGGUUUCCUUCCUCACCUCAAUUUCUCUCUUUUGCUCCUAUCAAAUCCUCUUUCGCUUCUUCUGCUUUCAGGUGCAAGGGUUUUAGGAGAUUACAAGUGAAUCAAAGGCAAUUGACUGUUUUUGCAUCAAACCCCAACUCUCUAGGUGAAAAAUCACCCAAAGAAGGAUCAGAUGUAAAUGAAACUAGCAAAGCUACUCAGGGACCUCCUCUCCUUACUAUUUUGGCUGGAUUCUUUGUCCUUUUUGUCGUUUGUUGGAGCAUUUGGUCCAUUUUAACGUGGCUGAUAGGUUUAAUAGUUAAUGCACCCCCUCCAAAAUAAAUUUUAUUGUAAUGUUUAUGUUUGUAUUUUAAGCCACUGCAUUGGCCCUUGUGCUUUUAGUCAUAGUUUUCUUUUUAUGCAUUUGGACUUAAUAGUAUUUGAGUGGUAAAAAAAGUGAGCCAAAAGCAGGAUAAAGGGAAGAAACAGAAGAGGGAGUAAUGACCUGAGGAAUUGGCAAAACCUUUUGAGAGUUUGUGUUCAUCUCUGGGUAUUGUCAACCCUCUUUUUAUUAUGGACUAUUUUGGAUAACUGUAGUUGUGUAUGUUUUGGCUUACUUUGUGUGCAUAUUAACAUGGGUGUCUUUUAGACUUGCUUUCAGCAUGUCAGAAA